AUGUCUCACCAUGAAAAGUUCUGGCGCGGCGACGACGACGGCAAAAAAGGCAAAAAGCAGGCUCGUCCUCCCGCCAGACAAUACAAUGAGCGAGGACCCUGGAAUACCGUGAGCCACGCUCUCGGCGUCUAUGUUUCUCCCGUGCAUAAAUAUUCCAUACAUGUAUAUCUUAUUUUCCAUCGAUUCGAUAACAUGCCGUCUGGAAAAUUCGUCGCGACGAUGUCGUUUCGCACGAUGUAUAAUGAUUUUAGGGGUAUGAAGACAAUGGAUCUUUCGCCCGCUUCCGAGGAUGCGGAUCCGCUAUUUGAUGAGAAUGGAGGGGAUUUGAGCGGGGUGAUGGUCGCGAGGAGGACGUUUGCUUGUAAGAUUGGGUGGACGAAGAGAUUUGAGGAGAAAGAUAGUGUGUAUUUGCGGGUUGCAAGAUGUUUGCCAUUGCCAAUAAGGCCGGAGGGGAUGAAUGAUGAAGAGUGGGAGGAGGUGAGACCCAAGGGGCCAAGACCUAGGACGGAAUGGGUUUUAGAAGCUAUUAGGGCGUUGAGGGAAGAUAGACAUUGGGAGAGUUUGCCGAUAAUACAGUUCCAGGCGAGGCAUGAUGAAGUGAAAGAGGUAGCGGGAAGAAAGAGGCGGGCAAUUGGUUUAAGAUCAAGGUCCUCGUUCGACAUGGAACAGGCGAGGUGCUUGGAUAAGAUUAUGAAUGAUGUCGGGACGGUUUUGUAUUCUAAACGUGAGGAAGAGUUGGAGAAGAACCCGGGAAGACGUAGAAGAAGGGGGAUUGACGCAGGGUUUUAA